AUGGAAUUGGAAGAUAAUGCAGGGCUUUGUACAUGCACUAGAAGUGAUCACGUCUUAGUAUUAAUAGAUAUUGUUGGGCUUUGUAGUUGUGUUACAUUAUUAAUGGAUGGUGUCAGGCUUUGUGCUGGAGACAUUCAUGUUAUUGUUCUAAUGGAAGAUUGGUUUUGUAUAUUAUUCCAGUAUAUUGUUUCCUUUUAUUGCUCACUUCAAAUCGUUCUUCCACCUGUUCCUUCUGUUCCUCCUAUUCUUUCCCUUGCAUAUUGA